AUGCGGAAUCGCUUACCUUAUCUUCACACCUCGUCGACCGUAGUUAUGACGUUACCCGAUUUUCCAGAGGAAAUUCUGUUGGAGAUCAUGCAGAGGUGUGGUGAUGAUGACUACCGAUUUCUCGCCUCUUUCGUUGUAGCUGGCAAGCGUUCGAACCGCCUUGUAUACUCAUCAGAGAUUCUGCGUACAUGCAAUUUGACGGCGUUGUGUGUAGAGCGGUUGGAUAUCAUACUAAUAAUGCGGGGGUUGAGGGGUCAUCCUUUUUUCGAGCGUUGUCUUGGUCAAGGUAAUAUACAAGCCGCAUACUUCGAGGCCCUCCGACUAAUUAUACACUGUGGGGACUUUGAAGGGGGACUGAACCUGAUGGAACCCAACGUUCCUGACGAUGGAAAGACAACUCUCGCAUCAGCCUUCUUCUAUUGCUUGCUCGACGAAGCAGGUUAUCUUUUCCAAUGCUUUGAUGCCAAACAUGACCACCUGGUAUCGGAUAAGGCUAGAAGAAUCGGUCAGGAAAUAGUGAGAGAAGUCGGGUCCUUCCAUCCACCUUACGGGGGAUAUUUUAGUUACUCUUUCCUAUUUCCGCCGGCUCUGAUGCCGGAGUGUGCGUACGAUCACGACCCCGUUCAUGAUCCAGUCUGUCACACUUGCUUUCUCUAUUGGGUCGCUCACCGUGUUUGUGCCAUGUUGUAG